ACAGGAUCUAACAGACGGCACUUCUUUAUCUGUUCCCACAAGUUCAUUGUUUUUGUCAUGCGACAUUAUACGAAUAGAGUGACAUACAAUUUUAGAACAAUGUACUUCUUGUUAAUAUGGAUCAUUUACGAUUUAUUUGGGGGACAACUUAUUGCUGCGGUCGAUGUAAAAUGCCCGAAGCCUGCUGAGAAUUGUUUGACAGACACAUAUAAUCUACAUGUCAUACCGGGGUUAGGUUGUAUAGGAUGUCAAGAGGGCUGUAAACCAGGCUUUAUGCAAACCUCUAACCAGAAAUACUAUAACAAUUCCCCUGUUUUAACUGGUUCUAAAGAUUAUAAUGGCAUUCAAAUACAGGCUAGCGUUAACAUAGAGGAACCAGAAUGGAUUUGUACACCUGGUGAUAAGUGUUUACCAGGUUUUUUUCAAGGCUCAUCAAGUUCUUCCAAUUACUGUGCUUGGUGUGGCGAGGGCUGCAGUAGAUGUACGCGUUACGAUAUGUGUGAUUCUUGUUUUGGAGGAUACAGACGAGUGUCAACAUCAACAGUUUUAGGAAUUGAAAGAUCAACUUGCGAACAUUCAAAUGUAUUAUGUCCAGUUCAACCACCAAACUGCACCUAUGACGUAUAUGCUAUAAGUGGAGCUGGGUGUCUAGGAUGUCAACUGUGUAAUCCUGGUUUUACCGUCACCUUCAAUCCCUCGUAUUUUAGUACCAAAACUAGUACAUCCAGUUCAUACGAUUAUCAGGGCCUUCAGAUCAGAAGUAGUGUUGAUAUAAAUGAACCUCGUUAUACAUGUGUUGCCGGCAAAACAUGUGCUGAUAGUUUCUACAGUCGAGCAGCCGGUGACUUAACAGUCUGUGAAUGGUGUGGUAAUGGAUGUGUCUCAUGUACGGACAGAAAUGCUUGUAAGACGUGUAAAAAGGGCUAUACUUUGUCUAAAACUAACGGUACUUGUCAAAUAUCAGACCCUAUUGGAUAAUUUAUUAACUAUAAUAAUCUACCUAAUACGGACUUUCAAAUAAAGUAGCAGUAUUUA